GUGAAUAUUCAGCAGUGGACUCGGAGCUCAGUGCGUAACACGGAGACGCCGGGAACCCCCAGUCUACGAGGAAAGACAUGGAAGUUUGCAAAGGACGUUUGCUGGGCAUCUCGGUGGCCGUUGCGCAUGGAUUUUUUUCGGGAUCGCUGAAUAUUUUGUUAAAAUUCCUCAUUACGACCUACAGCUUUACGUAUCUGACUUUAAUUCAGUUUCUGACCAGCGGCACUGCGGCUCUCACAUUAGAGGUGCUGAGGAGACUGGGCAAAAUAGAUAUACCACCCUUCAGCUUCCAGUUAGUCAAAGUUUUUGCAAGUGUCUGUAUUUUGGCAACUUUGCAGUCCACAUUAACCCUAUGGUCUCUCAGGGGAUUGAGUUUACCCAUGUAUGUUGUGUUUAAGCGAUGUUUGCCAUUGGUAACGCUCGGGAUUGGAGUGUGCGUACUGAAGAACGGGAUCCCAUCAGCUGGGGUAAUAACUGCUGUUCUCAUCACCACUGGAGGAGCAGCAAUGGCUGGUGCUGGAGAUCUAACAGGUGACCCCUUCGGCUACGUGACUGGCGUUUUAGCUGUGAUCGUCCACGCCUCCUACUUGGUGCUCAUCCAAAAAGCGAGUGCAGACAGUGAUUAUGGGCCGCUCACAGCCCAGUACACCAUUGCAGUGGUGGCCUCUCCCGUUCUCUUCAUCUGUUCCAUUGUAAGCAUGGACGCCAUUAACAUGUGGACAUAUGAAGGUUGGAAGAACCCGUAUAUCACAGGCAUCUUCUGCAUCUGCAUUCUCAUUGGCUGUGCGAUGAACUUCACCACACUGCACUGUACCUAUAUCAACUCGGCCGUCACCACCAGUUUUGUGGGGGUGGUCAAGAGUAUAGCUACUAUCACUGUGGGCAUGUUUGCCUUCAGUGAUGUAAUGCCAACCAAACUGUUUGUGGUAGGCGUGGUAGUGAACACCAUCGGCUCCAUCACCUACUGUGCGGUGAAGUAUCACGAAACCAAAAAGAAGUUAGCCUACCAGGAUAUGGAUGAGUCUGCUAAGGAUGAAGAACUUCCAGGAGAACCUUAUGUGGAACCAGCCAAGCCUGAUGGAGAUAUGGAAACUCUUCCAAAUAAUCUGGAGAGUGUUCCCAAUGGCAGCCUGACAGCAUCAGUUGACGGCAAUGACCAGGGUUCUAUUCGUGAGAAUAAAGUGGCAGAGUCCAUAGAAUUAGAAAGACCGGGGAUCCCGACGGACGAUCCUACGAGACAAUCUCUGAGCGACAGUUACGUAGGGGUCUGGAAAACCAUUCAUACCUUAAAGUUCUUUAAGAAAGACACUUUACUUGACAACAUGGAGGUUCAAAGUCCUUGAUGAUUGGUUUUAUGCUUGAAAGAAGUGCAUGUUUAGUUUAAGUAUUGUUGAACUGAUGGUGUGAACAAUGUUUGGCUUUUUCUCUUCUGAGCGUCAUUUUAUGAAAAAACAUUUAUUUUUUAUAAAAAGGUAUAGUCUGUUUGUAUAUUAGAGGGAGUAUAACUAUAUGACAUUGAGGAAUCCCCAAUAACAGAUGUGCCAAUUUAUUGCCUAAAAAUAAAAUAUCCUUUCAUUUGCGAAUCGGUUUAAACUUACUUUGGGGGAAAAAAUCUAAUAUCUUAAUAGAGAUGGUCUACUAAAAAAUGACAAUUCUACCUUCAUUUAUUAAUAUUCAUAUCGUAUGAUUUUCUUUGUUCUGUGGAGCAUAAAAGAUGAUAUUUUGAAGAAUGUUGGUAGCCAAACCGUUUCAGUUCCCUUUAACUUCCAUUAUGUGGACAACAUUGGAAGUCAAAAAAAUUCUUCAAAAUGUCUUUUUCUUUUUGUGUGUGUUUGUAAUGUCAUGAGGGUCAGUAAAUGAUGACAGAAUUUUUAUUUCUGGGUGGACUAUCCCUUUAAAUUUAUUUUGAAUGAGUAUUUAUGUUUCUAUGCACGCAGUGUCUGUGCCUGUAUAUUUUCUGUGGUUUGUCUACGAAUGCAAAUCUUGAAUAGGAGUGAUUGAAAUAUCCCAUUUGCAUGUAAUAUGAACAAUUAAUUGAAACUGAUUUUACAUCAAAAUUCUGAUCUUUGUGUAUCAUCUUUAAUAAUGCCCACCAAUCGAGAGACAAGUAGAAGUCUUAUGGGGAUCUCAUCACAUCCAAACAAAUUAUCAAAUAUAUUGUAGUGUUUUGGGUUUUGGGACAUCAUUUUUUUUUACUUUUACAAACACUUUUACACAAACUUGCCAUUUGUUGAUCAGUUUUAAAAUCUCACACAGCAGGGGACCUCUGCGUUAAAUUAAAGGGAAUGUCUGUCGAGCUUAUGUUAGCUGACUUUACCAAAUGUUUGAUGCAUUUGAGUGGGUUCUUUUCAGUAAAAGUAGACCAUUAUCAAAACUGAUUCUUUAGGCAUUGCUAGACUACUUUAAAUGCAAAACAUAAUGACAUGUAUUUCUAAAUAUAGAAGUCCUACAUCAUUUUAAAGCAAUAGUUUAGCCAAAAUGACUAUUUGCUGAAUAUUUACUCCGUUUCAGACCAUCCAAGAUGUAAAUGAGUUAGUUUUUUAAUUUGAUCAAAUUUGGAGACAUUUAGCAUUACAUAAUUUGUUCACCAGUGCAUCCUUUAUAUGUAGUGAAUGGGUGCCGUCUGAAUGAGAGGCCAAAAAUCUGAUAAAAACACCACAAUAAUUCACAAACUCCAGUCCAUAAAGUAAUUAUUUUGUGAAGUGAAAAGUUGCAUCUUUCUAAGAAACUAAUUUGCAUCUUGGAAGACCUUGGGGUAAAUUCAGCAAUUUUUUUUUUCUUUAACACCAGGAUAAUGUAUUUAAAUUGCCUUUCAAAUCCUAAUUUUUUGGUUUGUUAGCGGCAUUCAUUAUUCUCAGGCAAAAAGCAUCUUUAUGAAUAAAUGUAAACUAGACUUGAACUAAACUUUAGACCUCUCUGAACAGUAUUAUUUGUUGUUGCACUACAGCAACAGAGGUUUAGCCUACUAUUCAGGGAACAUUCAUGUUACACUCCCCAUGGUUUUCCAUUUAAAAUUAUCUUUGCCUGACAAUGAACAAGUAAAAGCAAAUAAACUUCUCAUGAGUACCAGGUGCUUUUGUUAUGAUGUUUCAGUUAUAAUAGAUGGCACAGCAUGGAGUAUUAUCUCCUUCAUUUUGCUCAAGGCAUAUACGAAAGACAAUUUGCCAGA